AUGAAAUAGAACUGUCAGAAAUUACGACGCGAGAGUAGUGUUGACUGAACAGCCUCAUUUAUUUGAAACUUUUGAUAAUAUGCAAUGUUUAUUUGCAAAUUAAGUGCCUAAAUGUUAUAAAUAUCUGCUCGUUGUUGUAGUUAUAUAGUUUUAAAUGCCAGCGAGAUGUCAAAGAACAAAAUAGCCGCUCGUAUCGACAGCCAAAGUGUAGAAGUUAAAACUAAGUUUGAUGCGGAAUUCAGAAGGUUUGCUCUCAGUAGGUCGGAAAAAUUGAAAUACGAAGAUUUCAAAGGCCUAAUUGAGAAAUUGCAUCGGCUUCAUGAUGUGGCCUUCCUCAUAAGUUACACAGAUCCUCGGGACGGAGACCUGCUGCCCAUUAAUAAUGACGAUAACUUGGCACGAGCAUUGCUCACCGCUAAACCCCUACUACGAGUUAUCAUACAGAGGAAAGGAGACAGCCUCGAGGAGUUAAAUGGAUACGGCACAAUGAGACCGAGGAACAUUAUCUCAUCCAUACUGAGCGGGGCGCCCGCCAAGAACAAGGGGCUGGCGAUAUCAAACCCGCACGACUUUAGAAUGGUGUCAGCGAUCAUAGAUGUCGAUAUAGUGCCAGAAACGUGCAGAAGAGUUAAAUUAUUGAAGCACGGCUCCGACAGACCGCUGGGUUUCUUUAUAAGGGAUGGCACCUCGGUCCGCGUGACACCAUCGGGAGUGGAGCGUUCGCCCGGUAUAUUCAUAUCCAGACUGGUGCCAGGGGGUCUGGCCGAGUCCACGGGUCUGUUGGCCGUCAACGACGAGGUGCUAGAGGUCAACGGGAUAGACGUCUCCAAUAAGACCCUUGAUCAGGUGACCGACAUGAUGGUAGCUAACUCUUCGAACCUCAUCAUCACAGUUCGUCCGGCCAACCAGCGAGCCGGACCGCCGCCUGCCGACACCAGGGUACACCCGCCCUCGGAGACGGAAGACGACAGAUUCGAUCAGGACGAACAGGACGAGAUCGUGGACCUGACGGCGAUCAUGCUGGAGGACCAGACCGAGCUCUACCCGCACGCCAUACCGUCCAAGGACGACGGACAGAUACUGCAUCUAUAGUACACACUGCAAGAACAUGUCUGGUGCGGGUCGAGUAUUAAAAUGUACACGUAGCGUUCACUCGCAUGCAUAUCAACUAGGACUUACCUCUAAAUGGCUGCGAUUGGCCAAUGUUGGGCCAUGCAUCGGUCGAUAUGAACCGCGAAUUGGCCGACGUUGGCCAAUAUAGUGGCCAAUGCUACACGCGGUCAAUUAUUCCGACAGGAUUUCGCUGUUCAUAGCGUUUAUUGAAGAUCUUUAAGCGAACUGUUACUAACAUAUUUAUAUGAUAAUGUAUCGUUUGUAAUAAAUUUAUCAAAACUCAAAGUGUAACAUUCCAAUAAGGUGAUAUGUAGAAUAAUGAUAACGAUGCGCCGUCAGGAUCACCGGCCGGCGGAAAAUAUUAAUUACUAAUGAAAAAAGAGCAAUAAAUGAUGUGAAUUUUGUUAUAUAACGUCGUCACGAAUAAUUAAAUUAUAGCAAAAUUUUUAUACAGAAUUAAAUCGAACGACGGUGCGAGAAUGUACUUUACUUUGACUAAUAUUUUAUUAGGUUUCGUGUUUCUCUAUACUGUUACUGUUACUGUCAGUUAUAAAAAAUCCUACAACACAACGAUGCUAUGGGAACAUUAUUUUUAUACGAGAUAAUUUCUGUGUCGACGUCUCUUCUCACAGACAGCGGUUGAUAUUGUUUUGGUGAUGUUAUAUUUCCAGUUGCUAGGUCCUCGGGUUGACAAUAAGGCUAGGUUUAGACUAGUGAUCUUGAUAUAGGUAACAUUCCAUCCAUUUCUGUUGUUGCUUGAUGUUUUCUAGUUUUAAACGUAACGCGAACUCAUACAUCUUAAUAUAGUUCCUAAUAGACGAAAAAUUGCUGAAAUAAAUCACGUGGCUCGGGUUUAAAGCGACAUAGAAAUUAAAAAAAAUAAGCGAUAUUUUUUUUUUCGUAUCAUUAUAUUGUACUAGGCUUAAAGCUCUUAGUGCAGACACUUCCCAUGGAAGGUGCUAAAAUUUCCAUAUAUUUGUAUGAAAUUUUUAUAAUCUGUAGCAAGAUGUUUUCCGUGUUCGUGUUGAAAGAAUCUCUGCGACAGACUCCAAUAGUUCUUUCAAUUCCGUGAAGGCCUAAUACUAGUGCCUUGUGUUACGUCUUAUGAGUAUUAAUAGAUAUAUAUUAAGGUUUUUCUCUUAUAAAUGUUGUUUUAUAUUAAAUUGUCGGAACAAAAUGUAUUUAAAUUUCCAUAAAUAACGUAUUGUGUUAAUGAUAUUCCAGUUUUCCUAACGUAUAAUGAUGUGUCUCAUACAGGAUUCGUAUUGUUCAGAAUCAGUUGAGUAUGUAUUGCCAGGCGUUAGGCGCGUCAGUGACGGUAGGUUAUCUGUAACAAAGUAUUUAGUGAUUUGAGCUUAAAUUUAUAUUAUAAGAAUAUUUAAUGUAACUAAGGGCAUGUCAUUUAAUUAUAAGGGAUCUAAUCUUUGCACAUAUCAGAGGUUUUAUAAACUGAAAAUGAAACGUUCAGUAUAUAAUGUAUUUAGUACAUUCCCUUGUGUUAUGUAUCGGUUGCAUUUAUAGAGACUUUGUAGUUACAACGUUUGCAUACAAAAAGUCUAGCUCGUGUUUUAAUACUGAAUUUUAAUGUAAAUAAAAAUAUAGAACCUUUUUUUUAGUGUCGUCGUUUACAAGUUCUUUUGAGGUUACAUGUUUUACCAACAUCUAUAAUGUCUAUUUUUAAUCUGUAUAUAGCUAAAUAGUUUUAUUCACUAGAGUCUUAAUUUUUUUUACACUUGGCUGACAAUUUUUUUUUUUUUAAUCCCAAUGUACUUAAUUCUUUAUUUGAAUCGUCUCGAAUUAUGUUGUAGAGGAAUGAAUUGGCUCAAAACUAUGGUCCAAAAAAUGUUAAAUUGAUAUAUAAUUUAGUAAAUACCGUUAUUUACACUCUACUAUACCUGUGUUGUAUGUAAUUAAAUAUUUUUAUUCAUA